AUGGAUCCCGCCAACAAUAACAAUAAUUUCGAAACCAAUUUUGGUUUGGAUAUAUUUACAAAUCUUCUCAAUUCCGAUGGAACAACAGAUGGAAAUGACAAAAACCUAAUAAUCUCACCAUUCCUAGUUGAAGCCCUACUCGCUCUACUCUAUUUAGGUUCGGAUGGCAAAACAGCCGAAGAACUUAAAGCCAAAUUACAUAUACAACGUUUUCCCAACAAUGCCAAAAUGGCUAGCUAUUUUGCUGGUAACCUCGCUGCCAUAACACAAAAUUCACCCGAUACUCAACUGGAAAUUUGUUCGAAAAUAUUUGUCGAUGAACAACAUGAUUUGGAUAUGGAAUUUCAAAAAAUUGCCUAUAAAUAUUUCCUAACACAAACGGAGAAGCAAAAUUUGCAACACACAAAAAAUAUUGAAGAUUUGCUAAAAAAUUGUCUGCAAGAAAAUUUAAAAAAAUCUGCCAUAAAUUUCAAAAUUUUCCAGGAAAAUUGUAAAGCUUUACUUUUGAUGGCAGCAAAUUUCCGCAACAAAUGGUUUUUGCCCUUCAGUGCGUAUCGUUCAGGUUUGUAUGAUUUCCAUGUAAGCAGUGAUUGCGUGAAAUCGAUACCCAUGAUGUUGGACAACGAAAUGUUUGUAAAAUUUGUGGAAUUAAAGGAAAUGGACGCCCGUGCCAUUGAAUUGCCCUACGAACAUGACGAUGAAAUUUCAAUGCUAAUAAUUUUACCCAAUAAACGUGAUGGCCUGGCGGAAUUGGAAACGAAAUUGAAACAGGUUAAUCUAUCGACAAUUGCGGAACAAAUGCAAAUGGAAAGUGUUCAGUUGCUGUUGCCGAAAUUUCAAAUUGAUUUUGAAUGUUCACUGAAGGCGGUAUUGGAAAAGUUGGGCUUUUCUUUGCUUUUUGGUGAAGACUCAAAUUUCAAGAAUCUCUUGUCUCCACAGUCAGCCUCUUCAUCCCUUCCCAUUGCUGAUAUUCUGCAUAAAGUUUGCUUGGAUGUACAUGAAUCUGGUUCAGAAUCAUCGAAUGUAGAAGCUACCAAACCAAUUGUCAUCAGCAACUCCAUCGAUACACGGCAGAAAUUCUUUAGGGCGGAUCAUCCAUUCUUUUUUGCCAUUCGAAACAGAGAUGCCACAUAUUUCAUGGGACAUGUGGUGAAAUUUUAA